AUGAGACUGCGGCUGCUGGUGGCCGCUCUCUGCGCCGGGAUCCUGGCCGAGGCGCCCCCCGCGUGGGCUCAGCCUCCGGACCGAGUGACCUGCACUCGCCUUUACGCCGCGGACAUCGUGUUCCUGCUCGACGGCUCCUCGUCCAUCGGCCGCAGCAAUUUCCGCGAGGUGCGCGGCUUUCUGGAGGGGCUGGUGAUGCCCUUCUCGGGGGCAGCCAGCGCUCAAGGGGUGCACUUCGCCGCCGUCCAGUACAGCGAUGACCCAAGGACGGAGUUUGGCUUGGAUGCCCUUGGCUCUGGGGUAAACGUGAUCCGAGCCAUCCGGGAGCUCAGCUACAAGGGGGGCAAUACACGCACAGGGGCUGCCAUUCGGCAUGUGUCAGAUGAGAUCUUCCUGCCCCAGAUGGCCCGGCCUGGCAUCCCCAAGGUCUGCAUCCUCAUCACAGAUGGCAGGUCCCAGGACCCCGUGGACUCUGCUGCCCAGAGGCUCAAAGAACAGGGGGUCAAGCUGUUCACGGUGGGCAUCAAGAACGCUGACCCCGAGGAGCUGAAGCGAGUGGCCUCUCAACCCACCAAUGAUUUCUUCUUCUUCGUCAACGACUUCAACAUCUUGCGGACACUCCUGCCCCUCAUUUCCCGGAGAGUUUGCACAACGGCUGGUGGCGUACCAGUCACCCUGCCCCCCGAUGGCUUGCCCUCUGGCCCCCGAGACCUGCUGCUGUCCGAGCCUGGUAGCCAGUCCCUGCGAGUCCAGUGGACGGCAGCCAGUGGCCCUGUGACUGGCUACAAGGUCCAGUACACGCCUCUGACGGGGCUGGGACAGCCUCUGUCCAGCGAGCGACGGGAGGUGAGCGUCCCAGCUGAUAAAACCAGCGUGAGGCUGCAGGGCCUCCGGCCACUGACCGACUACCAAGUGACUGUCGUCGCUCUCUAUGCCAACAGCAUCGGGGAGGCUGUCAGCGGGACAGCCCGGACCACUGCCCUGGAGGGACCAGAAGUGACCAUCCAGAACUCCACAUCCCAUAGCCUUCUGGUGGCCUGGCAGAGGGUGCCAGGUGCCACUGGCUACCGGGUGAUGUGGCGAGCACUCAGCGGUGGGCCCACACAGCAGCAGGAACUAGGCCCUGGGCAGCAGUCGUUGUUACUACGUGGCCUCAAACCUGGUACAGACUAUGAGGUGACUGUCAGAUCCCUGAUUGGCUAUAGCGAGGGGCCUGGCUCUUCCCUGACAGCCCGCACUGAUGCUUCUGUGGAGCAGACCCUCCGUGCAGUCAUCCUGGGUCCCACGUCCAUCCUCCUUUCCUGGAACUCAGUGCCUGAGGCCCGUGGCUACCGGCUGGAGUGGCAGCUUGAGAGUGGCUUGGAGCCAUCACACAAGGUGGUGCUGUCCCCGGAUGUGACUCGCCACCAGCUGGAUGGGCUGCAGCCCAACACCAAGUAUCGCUUCACGCUCUAUACUCUGCUGGAGGGGCGCGAGGUGGCCACACCUGCCACCGUGGUCCCCACUGGCCCAGAGCUGCCAGUGGGCCCUGUGACCAAUCUACAGGUCACCAAGCUGCCUGGGAGGCGGGUACAAGUGUCCUGGAGUCCGGUUCCUGGUGCCACCGAGUACCGCUUCACUGUGCGCAGUCCCCAGGGUGUUGAACGGACUCAGAUGCUUCCUGGGACACAAACAUCCUUAGACCUGGAUGUUUCUUGGGCUGGGCCUAGCUUUACAGUGCGGGUGUCUGCUCGAGUGGGCACCCGAGAAGGCAGUGCCAGCGUCCUCAACGUCCACCAGGACCCAGAAACCCCACUUGCCGUCCCAGGGCUGAGGGUCGUGGCAUCAGACGCUACCAGAGUGAGGGUGGCCUGGGGCCCCGUGCCUGGAGCCAACAGAUUUCGGGUUACCUGGAGGACAAGUGAUGGCCUUGUGUCCAGCCAGAUGUUGCCUUCAGAUUCCAGCAGCAUGGACAUAGCGGGGCUCCAGCCUGGAACCUCCUACCAAGUGACUGUGUCAGCCCUGCGAGGGAGAGAAGAGGGGACCCCUGCAGCCAUCACGGCUCGAACUGACCCACUGGACUCAGUGAGGACUGUCCACGUCACUCGCACCAGCAGCUCAUCUGUCACCAUUGCCUGGAACAGGGUUCCGGGUGCUACAGGAUACAAGAUCUCCUGGCACUCAGUCUCAGGCCAAGAGAGAUCCCAGUUAGUUUCUGGGGAUGCUACAGUGGCUGAAUUGGAUGGGCUGGAACCAAACACUGAGUACACGGUGCAUGUGAGGACACAUGUGGCUGGUGUGGACGGAACCCCGGCCUCUGUGGUUGUCAGAACUGACCCUGAUCCUGUGGGCAGUGUGUCGAAGCUCCAGAUUCUUAACGCCUCCAGUGAUGUCCUGCGAGUUACUUGGGUGGGGGUCCCUGGAGCCACCGCCUACAGACUGGCCUGGGGCCAGAGCGAGGGUGGUCCCAUGAAUCAGAAGCUACUCCCUGGAAACACGGACUCAGCAGAAAUCCAGGGUCUCGAAGGAGGAGUCAGUUACUUUGUGAGAGUGACCGCCCUCAUUGGGGACCGUGAAGGCGCACCCGUCUCCAUUGUUGUCACCACCCCUCCUGAGGCUCCACCAGCCCUAGGGACCCUUCAAGUCGUGCAUCGAGGGGAACAUUCACUGAGGUUGUACUGGCAGCUGGUUCCCGGUGCACAAGGAUUCCGCCUGCGUUGGCGCCCUGAGGGAGGCCGUGAACAGUCCCGAGUGCUGGGGCCUGAGUUCAACAGCUAUGAACUGGACGGGCUGGAGCCAGGUACUCAGUAUCACCUGUGGCUGAGUGUCCUCGGGCCAGCUGGCGAGGGGCCUCCCUCAGAAGUGACUGCGUACACUGAAUCACCUCGGGUCACAAGCCCUCAACUACAUGUGGCGGAAAAAGCCAUUGAUUCAGUGACUCUGGCCUGGACCCCAGUGUCUGGGGCAUCCAGCUACAUCCUAUCCUGGCGGCCCCUCAGAGGCCCUGGCCAAGAACUGCCUGGGGGCUUGCAGACAGUCCCAGGGACAGCCAGCUCCUACCGGGUGACCCAGCUCCAACCCGGUAUCUCCUACAGCUUCUCCCUGACACCCAUCCGUGAGGGUGUGCGGGGUCCAGAAGCCUCUGUCACCCAGAACACAGCAUGUGCCCAGGGCCUGCUGGAUGUGGCUUUCCUGCUGCAUGCCGUGCGCGACAAGGCUCACCGUGCCGGGGCCGUGAGACAAGCCCUGGAGCGCCUGAUAGCUGCACUUGGGCCUCUUGGGCCUCAGGGGGUCCAGAUUGGCCUCCUGACCUACAACCACCGUGCUGCCCCCCUGUUUCCGCUGAACAGUGACCCCGGAGCCCUGUUGCAGAAGAUCCACAACAUCCCCUACACUGACUCCAGUGGGAAUAAUGUGGGUGCUGCUGUGACUUCUGCUUAUAGAAACCUGUUGGCUCCUGAUGCUCCUGGCCGCCGCCGUCAUGUGCCAGGGGUGAUGGUCCUACUGGUAGACGAGCCCUUGCGUGGUGAAAUCGUACAUCGUGUCCGAGAAGCCCAGGCCGCUGGGCUCAAAGUGAUGAUCCUGGGCCUGGCGGGAGCUGACCCAGAGCAGCUGCGCCGCGUAGACUCGGUCCAGACCUUCUUCGCCGUGGAUGACGGGCCAAGCUUGGACCAGGCGAUCAGUGGUUUGGCAGUCGCUCUGUGUCAGACAGCCACGACCACCCAGCCAGAGCCAGAGCCUUGCACAGUGCAUUGUCCAGCGGGCCCAAAGGGGGAGGCCGGAGUGAUGGGCCUGAAAGGACAAGCUGGGCUUCCCGGCCCCCCUGGACCCCCGGGCAGGAUUGGUGCUCCUGGCCCCCCUGGAAGUGCCACUGCCAAGGGAGAAAGGGGAAUUCCUGGGCCAGAGGGACCUCCAGGCCGGCCUGGCCACGAUGGUACACCUGGCCCCCCUGGCCUCCCUGGCCUAAAGGGCUCCCCCGGAUGGCCUGGCCCUCAAGGAGAACCUGGGGAGCGAGGGCCUCGUGGCCCGAAGGGGGAACCGGGAGAGCCUGGACAUGUUUCCGGGAGUGGCGGCCCAGGGAUCCCUGGACGGAAAGGGGAACCUGGACCAGCGGGGGCUCCAGGAUCUCGUGGCCCGCCAGGGGAUCCAGGACCUCGGGGUCCGCCAGGUUUUCCUGGCACAUCUGUGAAGGGUGACAAAGGUGAUCGUGGAGAGCGGGGUCCCCCUGGAACUGGUGUUGGUGACAGUACAGCUGGCGAGCCUGGGCUGCCGGGUCUUCCUGGAAAUCCCGGACCAGCUGGCCAUCCUGGAGAGAAAGGAGAAAAGGGGGACUGUGAAGAUGGAGCCCCAGGCCUCCCCGGUCAGCCUGGAAGUCCAGGGCAGCGAGGACCUCCAGGAGAUGCUGGCCCCAAAGGUGAACGGGGUCUGCCGGGGACCAGAGAGAAUGGAGAGAAGGGUGAACGUGGACCCCCAGGCCCAGUUGGACCCCAGGGGCUGCCUGGAGUGGCCGGACGUCCUGGAGCCGAAGGUCCUGAAGGCCCACCAGGACCUGCCGGCCACCGAGGAGAGAAGGGGGAGCCUGGUCGCCCUGGGGAGCCUGCUGCUGUGGGGCCUGAUGGUGCGGGAGCCAAAGGAGAGAAGGGAGAAUCAGGGACCCCUGGACUCAGAGGACCUGUUGGAGUCAAAGGGGAGCGGGGCCCACCUGGACCGAUGCUUCCUGGAGACCCUGGCCCUAAAGGAGAGCCUGGAGACCGGGGUCCCAUUGGCCUCACUGGCAGAGCAGGCCCCCCGGGGAACUCAGGCCCUCCUGGAGAAAAGGGAGACCCUGGGCGACCUGGCCCCCCAGGACCUGUGGGUCCCCGAGGACGAGAUGGUGAAGCUGGAGAGAAAGGUGACGAGGGGUCCUCGGGUGACCCGGGUCUGCCCGGAAAGACUGGAGAGCGAGGCCUGAGGGGUGCACCUGGAGUUCGGGGUCCUGUGGGUGAGAAGGGAGACCAGGGAGAUCCUGGCGAGGAUGGACGAAAUGGCAGUCCUGGACCUAAGGGUGACCGUGGGGAACCGGGCCCCCCUGGAUCCCCUGGACGGCUGGUCGAUUCAGGACCUGGAGCUGGAGAGAAGGGAGAGCCUGGGGACCGUGGACAAGAGGGUCCUCGUGGACCCAAGGGUGAUCCUGGCAUGCCUGGUGCCCCUGGAGAGACGGGCAUUGCUGGGCUUCGGGGGGUCCCCGGCCCCCAGGGGGACCCUGGUGUUAGAGGCCCAGCAGGAGAGAAGGGUGAUCGAGGCCCCCCUGGGCUAGAUGGCCGGAGUGGGCUGGAUGGGAAACCGGGAGCCCUCGGCCCCCCUGGGCUGCCGGGUACUACAGGCAAAGCAGGGGAACCAGGGAGAGAUGGCCUUCCAGGUCUUCGGGGAGAACAUGGCCCCACUGGCCCCCCAGGAGCUCCGGGAAAACCAGGUGAAGAUGGCAAGCCUGGGCCAAGUGGAAAAAAUGGAGAACCUGGUGACCCUGGAGAAGAUGGCAGGAAGGGAGAGAAGGGAGACAUGGGUACCCCUGGAAGAGAAGGUCCCGAAGGCCCCAAGGGUGAGCGUGGGGCUCCUGGUACCCCAGGCUUCCAAGGCCCCCCAGGGCCCUCAGGACAGGUUGGCCCUGCUGGUCAGGGGUUUCCUGGCCUCCCUGGAAGUGCAGGCCCCAAGGGUGACCGUGGGGACACUGGACCCAAAGGGGAACAGGGCCUCCCUGGAGAGCGUGGCCUGAGAGGAGAGCCUGGGAGUGUGGCGAAUGUGGAGCGCUUGCUGGAAAAUGUUGGCAUCAAGGCCUCUGCCCUGCGGGAGAUCAUGGAGAACUGGAGUGACCUGCGAAGUGGCCCCAAGGGAGACCCUGGCGAUCGGGGAGCCCCAGGCAAGGAGGGUCCCAUUGGCUUUCCUGGAGACCGCGGACUCAAGGGAGAGCGUGGGGACCCCGGCCCUCAGGGCCCACCUGGCUUGGCUCUUGGGGAGAGGGGUCCCCCUGGAUCUCCGGGCCUUGCCGGCGAGCCUGGAAAACCUGGCAUCCCUGGGCUCCCAGGCCAAGCUGGGGCUGCGGGGGAGGCAGGGAGACCCGGAGAGCGGGGUGAACGAGGAGAGAAGGGAGAACGAGGAGAAGAGGGCAGAGCCGGCCCCCCAGGACCCCCUGGUCCCCCUGGACCUAAGGUGAUUGCUGCAACCCCUCCUGGCCCAUUGGUGGCUGUGGAUGAAGCAGGCUCUGGACUCUCUAGAGAGCCAGGACUCCCUGGAUUCAAGGGUGCUAAGGGGGAGCCUGGCAGUGAAGGCGACCGAGGCCCCAAAGGCGACAGAGGAGCCCCAGGACUCAAGGGAGAUCAGGGAGAACCUGGACAGAGGGGUCAUGCUGGUGCCCCGGGCCUUCCAGGAGAGCGCGGUGUGGCUGGACCUGAAGGGAAGCCAGGUCUGCAAGGUCCAAGGGGGGGCCCUGGCCCAGCGGGUGGCCACGGAGACCCUGGACCAGCUGGGGCCCCUGGACUUGCUGGUCCUGCUGGACCCCAGGGACCUUCUGGUCUGAAGGGGGAGCCUGGAGAGACGGGACCACCAGGACGGGGCCUGCCUGGGCCUACUGGUGCUGUUGGGCUUCCUGGACCACCUGGUCCUUCCGGCCUUGUGGGUCCCCAGGGGCCUCCAGGUUUGCCUGGACAAGUGGGGGAGACAGGGAAACCAGGAGCCCCAGGUCGUGAUGGCACCGGUGGAAAGGAUGGAGAGAGAGGAGCCCCAGGCGUGCCGGGGUCACCGGGUCUGCCCGGCCCUGUCGGACCUAAAGGAGAGCCUGGACCCAUGGGCACCCCUGGACAGGCUAUGGUUGGGCUUCCUGGAGCCAAGGGAGAGAAGGGAGCCCCUGGAGAAUUUGCUGGACAUCUACUGGGAGAGCCGGGAGCCAAAGGGGACCGUGGCCUGCCAGGACCUCGAGGCGAGAAGGGUGAAGCCGGCCAUGCAGGGGAACCUGGAGACCCUGGGGAAGAUGGUCAGAAAGGAGCUCCAGGACUCAAAGGGUACAAGGGUGACCCAGGAGUCGGGGUUCAGGGCCCCCCUGGGCCAAUCGGUUCACCAGGUCUGAAGGGGGAUUCAGGCCCUGCUGGGCCCCCUGGGCCUCCUGGAGUUGCUGGGUUCCCUGGUCAGAUGGGCCCUCGGGGAGAGACGGGCCAGCCAGGCCCCAGUGGAGAACGGGGACUGGCCGGCCUUCCAGGGCGAGAAGGAUCCCCUGGUGCUUUGGGCCCACCAGGACCCCCAGGGCCAGUGGGAGCCCCUGGGGCCUCUGGACCCAGAGGAGACAAGGGAGACCCUGGAGUGGGGCUACCUGGACCCAGAGGCGAGCGUGGAGAGCCGGGUGCCCGGGGUGAAGAUGGCCGGCCUGGCCAGGAGGGACCCCGAGGACUUGCGGGGCUCCCAGGUGGCCGAGGAGAGCGUGGGGAGAAGGGUGAAGCUGGAAUUGUGGGACUAAAGGGUGAAAAGGGUGACUCAGCCGUGAUUGUGGGACCACCGGGACUCCCGGGUGCCAAGGGGAACACGGGAGAACGUGGGCCUCGGGGUCAAGAUGGUGACAAAGGUCCCCGAGGAGAGAGUGGGGACCCUGGAGAAAAGGGCGCCAAGGGAGAGCCUGGUGACAAGGGCUCAGCUGGUUCACAUGGAGCUCGGGGACUCACAGGACUGAAGGGCGAGUCUGGUGCAGCGGGGAUUCCUGGGGAUCCGGGACCCCCAGGAAGGGAUGGGACCCCAGGCAUACGAGGAAACAAAGGAGAUAUUGGCUUCAUGGGCCCCCGGGGCCUCAAGGGUGAACGAGGGAUCAAGGGAGCCUGCGGCAUGGAUGGAGAGAAGGGAGAUAAGGGAGAAGCAGGUAUCCCCGGUCGCCAGGGGCUGGCAGGACGCAAAGGAGACACAGGCGAGCCAGGAAUGCCGGGGCAGUUGGGAGCCCCUGGGAAGGAGGGUCUGAUCGGUCCCAAGGGGGACCGAGGCUUCGAUGGCCAGCCUGGACCCAAGGGGGAUCAGGGCGAGAAAGGGGAGCGGGGUCCCCCAGGAAUUGGGGGCUUCCCAGGUCCUCGGGGCAAUGACGGCUCUAGUGGUCCCCCUGGGCCACCAGGCACUGUGGGUCCCAAAGGCCCCGAAGGACUUCAGGGCCAGAAGGGCGAGCGGGGUCCACCUGGAGAGAGUGUGGUGGGAGCCCCCGGGGCUCCUGGAAUCCCUGGAGAGAGAGGGGAACAGGGGCGCCCAGGGCCCAUAGGCCCCCGGGGAGAGAAGGGAGCCAUGUCACUGACGGAGGAUGACAUCCGGGCCUUUGUGCGUCAGGAGAUGAGUCAGCAUUGUGCCUGCCAGGGCCAGUAUAUUGCAUCUGGAUCAAGACCCCUCCCUAGCUAUGCCGCAGACACAGCCGCCAGCCCCCAACUCCACGCCGUGCCUGUUCUUCGAGUGUCACCUGUUGAGGAGGAAGGCCAAGGCCCCCCUGAAGAUGAUGAAGAUGAGUACACUGAGUAUUCGGUGGAGGACUACAAGGACCCAAGCCCUGCUUGGGAUGGUGAGGACCCCUGCUCUCUCCCGAUGGACGAGGGCUCCUGUACGGCCUACACCUUGCGCUGGUAUCAUCGGGUGGGGGUCAGCGGCCCCAACGCCUGUCACCCUUUCGUCUACGGUGGCUGCGGAGGGAACGCCAACAGCUUUGGGACCCGUGAAGCCUGUGAGCGCCGCUGUCUUCCCCACGUGGUCCAGAAUCAGGAAACAGGUGCUGCCCGGAGCUGAGACAUGACGCUGAGCAGGAGUUCGUGUCCCCCAUGGAACCGU